AUGCACCCAAGCAGCGGCAGCAGCAGCAGCAGCAGCAGCAGCAGCAGCAGGAUCAGCAGCGGCGUUCGUUUCUGGGAGGAGGUGGGGAGAGGAGGGUUUAGGCCCCGCGGCCGUUUCGGGCACUCAUCAGUUUCUGUUGCUUCUCUUUUGCUGCUGUUUGGUGGCUGCACUGUAUACCCUGCUGCUGCUGCUGCUGCUGCUGCUGCUGCGCCACCAGCAGCAGCAGCUAGACGCAAAAAAAAAAGAAGGGGAAGGGCUGCGAGGCGCUGCAGCAGCGCCGAUGCACCCAAGCAGCAGCAGCGGCAGCAGCAGCAGCAGCAGCAGCAGCAGGAGCAGGAGCAGCAGCAGCAGCGGGAGCAGGAGGAGUUUGCUGCUGAAAGAGAGGAAACCCUGCAGCAGCUGCAGCAAGCCCGGGCUGUCUUGGAUUUGGGUGGCUCAGAACUGCAGCAGCAGCUGCAGCAGCAGCUGCAGCAGCAGCGUCGUCAGCGGAAGGUGCAGCAGCAGCAGCAGCUGCAGCAGUUCGUUGGAGAGAAGCUGCUGCUGCUGCAGCAGCAGCUGCUCAGCGAUGUAUGGAUAUAUGAUACAGCAGCAGACUGCUGGCUGCAGCUGCUGCCCGGGCUGCAGCAGGAUCAGCGGGAGCAGCAGCAGAGCAAACAGAGAAUGGCAGUCCACUCCCUUCUGGCAGCAGCAGCAGCACCACCAGCAGCAGCACCAGCAGCAGCAGCAGCAACAGCAGCAGCAGCGGGAGCCGGAGCAGGGCAAACAGAGAAUGGCCCCGCAGGGAGAGGGCCCCGUGUUACUUCUCUAUGGGGGGAUCGAUGCUCAAGGCAGAGUGUAAGCAGCAGCAGCAGCAGCAGCAGCAACAGCAGCAGCAGCAGCAGCUGCUGCUGCAGCAGCAGCAGUAGCAGUAGCAGCAGAGGAGUGGUAGCAGAAGACGAGCAACAGCAGUUGCAUGCACAUACCGCUACAAAGAAAAACCCCGUGCUGCUGCUGCUGCUUCAGCUGCAGCAGUUCGUUGGAGAGAAGCUGCUGCUGCUGCAGCAGCAGCUGCUCAGCGAUGUAUGGAUCUAUGAUACAGCAGCAGACAGCUGGCUGCAGCUGCUGCCCGGGCUGCAGCAGGACCUCUCUGGGGGCCCCGCAGUGCCUGCAGCAGCAGCAGCACCACCAGCAGCAGCACCAGCAGCAGCAGCAGCAACAGCAGCAGCAGCGGGAGCAGCAGCAGAGCAAACAGAGAAUGGCAGUCCACUCCCUUCUGCCCCUCCUGCUGCUGCUCCUGCAGCAGCAGCAGCAGUAGCAGUAGCAGCAGAGGAGUGGCUAUCGGACUGCUGGUACUUUGAUUUGCUGCUGCAGCAGUGGAAGCAGCGAAAGGAGCCGUGGCUGCUGCCGCCUUCCUUUUGGAUAGCUGAGGGCCCCCAGGUGACAGCCCCGUCGCAUGCGCUGCAUUCUGCUUCUCUCUGGUGCAGCAGCAGCAGCAGCAGCAGCAGCAGCAGCAGCAGCAGCGGCGGUGGUGGUAGUGGCAGCGGCAGCGGGGGCAGCAGCGGCAGCAGCAAGCCGAGACCUGCUGCUGUUCUACCCGAUGAAGACCCGUAUACCAAAAGAAAGCAGCAGCAGCAGCAGAAACAGCAGCAGCAGCAGCAGCAGCAGCAGCAGCAGCACAAACAGCAGCAGCAGCAGAAGAAGAAAGAGCAUCCGCAGCGGCAGCAGCAGCAGCAGCAGCAGCAGCAGCAAGACAAGCAGCAGCAGCAGCAGCAGCAGCAGCAGCAGCAAUACAUAUCUAACAAAUGA